ACGUAUGCAGUAUUCGUUCUCAACCAAGUCGGAUAGCACAAAAUUUUAUUAUUGAAAUGGAUUCUUUUAACAUUUCGUCAGAAUGUUCAGCAACAAGUGUGGGCAGAGCUAAUAAUCUCCUUGUUGCAAUGAUACAAUUACUGACAGCAGCACAUUGUCACGUUUCACGACCGUCAAUGUGGCCACCAGACUAUGGAGAAAUAGUGUCACAAGGAGAAUUUGGUAGCUAUGACUUCAUUGUCGUGGGAUCCGGCUCAGCCGGUGCUAUAGUUGCUAGUCGGCUAAGCGAGAUCGAAAAUUGGAAUGUUCUACUGCUCGAAGCUGGUGGAGAUCCUCCAAUCGAAUCUCAAGUACCUGUGUUCGUUUUCGAGCAAUUGAAAACCCGGGUGGACUGGCAAUUCUAUGGACAUUCUUCAAUGGCCUGCCAAAUUAAUGGAAAAGACGGUUGUUAUCUGCCCCGUGGCAAAAUGCUAGGAGGAACGUCAUCAUUAAAUUCAAUGAAUUUUAUGCGCGGAUAUUCAAAUGAUUUCAAUGAAUGGGCUGAUGCGGGGAAUGCAGGCUGGAGUUACGAGGACAUUCUGCCAUAUUUCAAAAAGUACGAAGGUAAUCUGAAUAAGAAAUUUGUGGCUCACAUGGACGGCAAAUACCACAGCUCAUCGGGUCCAGUGAAAAUCUCCUCUCCAAAUACAUCCAAGCUCGAUCAGAAGGUUAUUUCAUUUUUGAAUGAUUUCGGCCUCGAAUUUAUUGAAGACAUUAAUGCUGAAGCUGCACCGUCCUCUGGGUAUACUUUGCUACAAAAAUAUCAUUCGAAUGGUCAGCGUAGCGGGACAGCGUAUUCGUUCCUAUCGAAAGUAACGGAUAGGAAAAAUUUGCAUGUUGUGAAGCACGCAUACGUGGAUCGAGUUUUGUUAGACGAGAAUAACGUUGCGUACGGGGUUGAAUUCACUUAUAAAGGUGAACAUAAAAGGAUCGUAAAUUGUACGAAAGAAGUUAUCGUUUCGGCCGGGGCGUUACAAAGCCCAACAUUGUUGAUGCGAUCUGGUAUUGGACCGAAACAACAUGUCGAAGAACUCGGAAUUCCGUGCAAAGCUGACCUAUCUGUUGGUGAUAACUUUAUGGAUCACGUUUCCACAUUCCUUGUAUUCAAGUACACUAACAUCACGUCGAAACCAGCUUCUCCAAUGAUAAUGAUACACAAAUUAUAUGAAUAUUUGAUGAUGGAUCUAAACGCUCUCAGCACAACACCGGUCCUAAUGGUUCAAGUGGAUACAACAAAUAUUACUGGGAUACCGGACGUUGCUCUCGACUUUGGCCACCUUUUCCAAGGAUAUCCCAAAGAUCUGUUGAAAAGCUCGAAUGUCUACACUGGUCUAGAUAGCCUCAACGAUGCUAUCGCGGAAGCGAACCAGAACUCGGCAAUUCUGUUUUUAUGGAUUGCUGGACUAAAGUCAGCAUCGAAAGGUUUCAUACGACUUGACGAAAACCUCCGCGAGAACAUCACUGCGAAUUAUUUGAGCGCAGCGAGCGACAGAACGGCACUGAUUCGUGGAAUCAAAUAUGCAAUUCGGCUGAUGAAAUCGGACGCAUUCCGCACAGCUGGAACCGAAUUGAUUCGAUUCGACUUGAAGGACUGUGAUGCCCAUGAAUAUUUGUCGGAUGAAUAUUGGGAGUGUUACAUAACGCACAUCUCAAAUUCAAUUGGACAUGCUGUUGGCACUAGUAAAAUGGGAAUCGAUUCGGAAGCAGUGGUCGAUGCAGAGUUAAAGGUUCACAAAACUAAGGGCCUACGACAAAUUGACUGUGGCGUCAUUCCUAUCAGUAUCAGUGGAUUCACGAACGGAGUUGCCAUGAUGAUUGCUGAAAAAGGAUCUGAUCUCAUAAAAGAAACUUAUUUGCAACACACUUCGACUGACAGUCAGGAUAAAAUGGUUUCUGAUACUGAAACAGUGAGGAAACCGACGUCACACCGAACCAUUCGAGAAGACUUAUGAGUUCUUAAACCGCGGCUGUUUCACCAACCUUUUGAUUGUUAACAAGAAUAUUAAACGGAACUUCUUUCUGAUUAUAAUUCUUAUCAGGUGACGCAGGUCCUAUACUAUAAUCAAUUUCAAGGAAUCUUAGGGACUAAAGAACAUAUUUACAAAAAGAAUUAAUAUAAACGGUUGAAAUAAAGAGAAUUAAAAAGUCAGAUACACAUAGGGCAGUUUAAAAUUAAUAAUUUUAGAGAUAAAAAAGACAGUUGAAAAUAAAUAAAAAAG